AUGAAUGGUACUAAUGACAUUCUGAAUUCUCUUCCAAUUCUUGACGGCAAGAAUUGGAUUCGAUUGAGAAAACAUAUGCAAUCUCUGUUUGGCUUUCAUGAAACCCUUGAAGUGGUUACUAAUGACGUCCAUGAGCUUGUUGACAAUGCAACUGAUGCUCAGAGAGUCGCAAAUAAGGAGACGAAGAAGAAAGAUUGCAAGGUUGCGUAUUGCAUUCAAUCGGCGGUAGAUUCAACGAAUUUUAACAAGAUCACUCAUGUUGAAUCGGAGAAGGAGGCAUGGGAUAUUUUUGUCAAGUACUAUGAAAGAGGUGAGAAAGUCAAAGUCGACAAAUUACAAACUUUACGACAGCAAUAUGAUUUGUUGCAGAUGGGAGAAGAUAAAAAGAUUGCAGUUAUUCAUCAAUCCAACAAUCUUGAAACCCUGAAACUGAAAGAUUUGGUUGGUUCGUUGGAGGCGCGUGAGAUUAGGAUUGUAGAAAGGAAAGGGGUUCAAGAUUCGAUACAAGUGGCCAAGAAUUGUUGGUACAAUAAAUACAAGGGAACGGAAAAAGGCAAGGAGGAAAUAGGGAACCUUGCACGCCAAAAUUCAUAUGAUUCUGAAGAUAUGAUGGUUAUGGGUGCAGUUGCAGAUGACUAUGUCGACUCCAAGAUCUGGUUCCUCGACUUGGGUUGCUCGAAUCACAUGACUAGUCAAAAAGUGUGGUUAGCGGAUUUUGAUUCGUCGAAGAAGAGCAAGGUCAAACUUGAUGAUAAUAGAUCGUUACAAGCAGAAGGUACUAGCGACAUAGUUAUUCAAAAGAGCAAUGGAGGAAAAUCUAUGAUCAAAGAUGUACUCUAUGUACCUGGAAUGAAAUGCAAUAUGCUAAGUGUUGGACAACUGGUCGAAAAAGGUUUUUCAGUGAUUAUAAAAGAUUGA